UGUAUCUUUGCAGUGAACACGAUUCGCUAAAAUGGAUGUCAGUCAUCGUGUGGGACCAAGCAUACCCACCCAGUGUCCCCGAAAAGAGGAGAGAGGACGAGCGUUUCAACAACAGUAGACAACGGGGAAAUGAAGUUGCCAGUCAGGCCAGCCAGCUAGCUUUCUCCUUUUAAAACUCGGCAGCCAGCUAGAUAGGUGAUAGCUGGUAAGUAGUUGGCAGGUUUAGAUGAACUACACCGCAACGAUGAUCCUCCAUGAAUAAAAAUUGUAGUCGCAUUUUGUUACGAGUCGCCGGGCAUACAAAGCUUCUGGUCUGAGACAAGGUUACAUUUAAAUGUAGUCUUACUGAGGAAAAAGGAAAAAAGAAAACAAGGAAGAACUUGCUAGCUUAAAAGCUAACAUUGAGCCACCUCACUUCCUACAACGUCAAAAACUCCACUUCACAUUUGCUCGGGCCCGGAUAACCUCAUCCAGUCAUGCCUUUUCCUUUUGGGAAGUCUCAGAAGAGUCCAGCAGAAAUAGUGAGGAGUUUGAAAGAGAAUGUGGCAUACAUGGAAAAACUGGACGCCGGUGAAAGUAAAAAGUGUGAAAAGGUGGCGGAGGAAGCUUCAAAAAAUCUAGCUUCCCUGAAGGAGGUGCUUUGUGGGACAGGUGACAAAGAGCCGCAAACUGAGGCCGUGGCGCAACUUGCGCAGGAGCUGUACAACACCAACCUUCUCAUUUCACUCAUUGCAAAUUUGCAAAGGAUCGACUUUGAGGGGAAAAAGGAUGUGGUUCACCUGUUCAGUAAUAUCGUGAGACGUCAGAUUGGCACUCGCACUCCCACGGUAGAGUACAUCUCUACACACCAACAGAUCCUCUUUAUGCUUUUAAAAGGAUAUGAGAGUGCAGAAGUCGCUUUGAACUGCGGAAUGAUGCUGAGAGAGUGUCUUCGCCAUGAGCCAUUAGCUAGGACGAUUCUCCUCUCUGAAGAGUUCUACUCUUUCUUCCGAUAUGUGGACCUCUCCACCUUUGACAUCGCGUCAGAUGCUUUUGCAUCAUUCAAGGAUCUCCUCACAAGACACAAGCUUAUGUGUGCUGAUUUCUUAGAGACCAAUUACGACCGGGUUUUUACAGAAUAUGAGAAGCUCCUGCAUUCUGACAAUUACGUCACCAAACGGCAGUCUUUAAAGCUCCUGGGGGAACUUUUGCUGGAUCGACACAACUUCACGGUCAUGAAAAAGUACAUCAGCCGUGCCGAGAACUUGAAGCUGAUGAUGAACAUGCUAAGAGAUAAAAGUCGCAACAUCCAGUUUGAAGCGUUCCACGUUUUCAAGGUAUUUGUCGCAAACCCCAGCAAGACUCAGCCAGUGCUGGACAUCCUGCUGAAGAACCAGGCCAAGCUGGUCGAGUUCCUGAGCAACUUCCAGACAGACCGGUCCGAGGAUGAGCAGUUCUGUGACGAGAAAAACUAUCUGAUCAAGCAGAUCAGAGACCUCAAGAAGCCCGCGUCUCCCGAGGAAGCUUGAGGCUCCAAAAGCGGUAGAUCCAGUAGUGGGCGGCCAGCGUUUAGACGUGCUUCUGUAAGGUUUAGCGUUAACUGCAAAAAAUACAAGGACAAACUAAAGAUGGCUUUCUUCUAUUUUUAGUCUGGAUGGGAUUUCCAAAUAGCAGCCAGAGUCGGGCCAAAAACCGUAGUGCUUCUUUGGUGUUCAAAUGUCUUUUCUUAUAACGUUGGACCUUAAACUGUUUCUAUUCCACAUUUUUUGACAGCACAGACCGUAGAAUGAAAACACCCCUAGUGGUAGCAUUUGCUCCGGCAGUAAGAUGGUGACAGACUCUCAUCUGUUUUUUGGACUGGAAAAACUGAUGGGCGCAUUCAUUUAAAAAAAAAAAAAAAAAAGAUCUAAUUUAACCUCUCCCAUGAAAGGAUCUGAUUCAUUGCCUUAUUGUUCAGUUUCUCUUUCAUCCGAGGAUUUGAACAAUGUUGAAACACAGCGUUGGCAUGUGGCUCGUAUUAACCAAGUUUGCACAUUGUCAUUCCCGGUGCCUAAUAUGUAGCCUUUAUGGGCGUAGGCUGCAUUUUGCGCUGAGAGGUUAGCGAGGAUAUCCCCCACCCCACCGCACCCCCAAUCCAAUGCGUUUGCAAGCACCGGAAGAGAAAAUCGAAACACCAGAGGAACGAAUUGAUUGCGAGGUGAUUUUUAGCCAGCGCUCGGCUGGGCGAGCACGUCUGAAAUAGAAACCAGGCAUCAGAUAGCGCUCCGGGGUAGCUGCCAUCCCUGCACCAUGAACACAAUAUGCCAAUUGAUCUCACUGGGAGGGCCUCGUUCCACGCUCACAUUGUCAUGUACGUGCUAUUAAGGCCGCACGGAAAAGCAAAAAUAAAGCCAUAGAAUUCCGAGAAGACAGUUGGGAAUUACUUCCCGGAUAAAGCCGGAACAUUGCUUGAUUAAAGUCAUAACUUUUGUUCCAUAAUUUUGAAAAGAGCAUGAUUUAGAAGUGCUUUUAAAGAAAUAGUUAUUUCUUUAUAAAGUAUGGCACGUCUCCAGCCUCUGGCCUCAAACUGUUUGAGGUUUGACUUUCACUCACUGAAUUAUGGCUUGAAUCUGACCUCCCAAUUUUGUCCCGUACCAUUUUCAGUUGUAGAUUUCUCAAUUUUUUUUUUUUUUUUUUUUUGUGGGCUUAAUACUCAUUUACCCUAUUUUAAAUAUUAAAAAAAGCAAUUACUUCUCAGGCGUGGUUGAUCCCAGGCAAAUCUGUAAAGUUAAGAUGGCAUUUAUGCAUUGAUGCUGCGAGAAUGCACCUUAAGUAUUUAUGCAGAUGCACAUAAGAGUCAUACCAAAGUCUGUCUGCCAAUAAGUUAUUUAGAUUUUACCAUUUAACCUCGCUUUAUAAAUUUUACUUGAUUCAGAGAAAUUGAGACUUUUUGUAAAUUAUGUAUGAAAUAAUUUGUUUUGAAAUGUUUUACUCAAAUUAUUUGGCAAAUUCUACAACAAAAUGUAGACAGGGUCAGGUGUCUUUUUGAUAGUUUUUUUCUAAAAUAUAUGAUUGUAAUAUUGCUAUUGUCCCACUGUGAUGCACGUUCGAUGCAUCACUCAAUCAAGAGGGACGAUGUUAGUGAUGAAAAUAUUGAUUUCGAUACAGUCACCCUCUCAUUUGGUGUAUCUGCUUUACUUCUGCCAUUGGGAUGAAAGUGUUAAUAUUUUGUGUGCGUGUGCACAGUCCUCUUUAUAGUAAAUACCUCAAAAAAAGAAAAAUUGUGCCCACCACCCUUUGCUAUUCCUGGACAUUUCAAUUUCAGUGGUUUGUAUGCACGCAUAAUGUGAGCUCCAUAUGGGUCAAACUUGAACAGGGUUUUCUUCACGGAAAACAUUUGAAAACAAUAUUUCAUUGGGCGGUGCCACAUUGAUGUUACUUCAUAAUGAAUUACAGUGUGGAGCCUUUAUGUUGAGUGAUGUUUUAUUUAAAGACAUUAAAUGGAUUAUAGCGGUCGUGUUCAUUUCACUUUGUUUUUUUUUUUAAACCAAAGCCUUCAUAUUUGGUGGAUGUAUCCAGCUCUGUCUAACAAAUCUUUGUCUACAGCAAUCCUAACUAUUGUCCUAAACAUGCCCAAACUACGUACAUAAUUCUGUUUUGAUGUCCAGUUUUAAUUCGUAAAAACGAUGUACACAAUACAGUAGUCAUACAGCUAAGUGUGUACAUGUACAGGUAUCUCUCUAUUAUACAGCCACUCUCGAGGGAGUGCCUAGUAACAUUAGGCACCUUGUUUAUAUAGUGCUAAAAAAAAACAUUUCAUGUUUAUAGAAUCCUACCUCCGGUUCUGACUAUAUACAGUAAAUCACUAUUAACAUAGUGAUGUCAAAUCCUUAAUUGUUAUACUGAUAAGUAAGAUGAUGUCCUGAUUAGUCUUCUAAUUAUUUCCUAAUUCUGGUGGAAUUUUGUGCCUUCUCCCCAGUUUCACCCCCCCCCCCAUUGCGCUGAGUGAGUUACUUUUGGUGGAGUUCUCUGUACAUAAUAAGUUUAUGAAUAAAAGUGUGAACGCCUUCGUUAAAUAAACUUUGUGGCAAUUGAA